AGCACUUAGCAAUAACACCCGCUUUCAAAAGUUGUUGGCUGCAGCACCACCUUCUUCUACCCCUGCAGUGCUUCCCCAUUCAAAUCUCUCUCUUUUUAAGCCACCACCGCACAGCACCCUUGCCUAUCUCCACCGCCGCCUUCUAAAGUUGUUCAUCUCUCAUCAAUCAUGGGUGAUGCCGCCAUGGAUGCUGUCCAGAGACGCCUCAUGUUCGAAGACGAAUGUAUAUUGGUUGAUGAGAAUGAUCGAGUGGUUGGCCAUGAUACCAAAUACAAUUGCCACCUGAUGGAAAACAUCGAGACUGGAAAAUUUUUGCACAGAGCUUUCAGCGUGUUUCUGUUUAACUCGAAAUACGAGUUAUUGCUUCAGCAAAGGUCUGCAACAAAGGUGACCUUUCCGUUGGUGUGGACAAACACCUGCUGUAGUCAUCCCCUAUACCGAGAUUCUGAGCUCAUUGAAGAGAAUAUUCUUGGGGUGAGAAAUGCUGCUCAAAGGAAACUGUUGGACGAACUCGGUAUCGCUGCUCAAGACGUUCCAGUUGAUGAGUUCACUCCAUUGGGCCGUAUUCUCUACAAAGCACCCUCUGACGGAAAAUGGGGAGAGCAUGAAGUGGAUUAUCUACUGUUCAUUGUCCGUGAUGUUGGGGUGCACCCGAAUCCAGAUGAAGUGGCUGACGUGAAAUAUGUUAACCGCGAGCAAUUGAAGGAGAUUUUAAGGAAAGCAGAUGCAGGUGAAGAGGGUGUUAAGCUAUCCCCUUGGUUCAGGUUAGUUGUCGACAACUUCUUGUUCAAGUGGUGGGACCAUGUUCAGAACGCUACUUUGCUCCAAGCUGCUGACAUGAUAACCAUUCACAAGCUAACCUGAAACUCUCCUCCUGCCCCGAACUUCCAUUAUUCAUUCACGCUUGUCUGUUUUUUCUAGAAAUUUACUGAUUGAUUUAAAUUUUGCUUCAAUUCUUGCCAUGCCAUGUUGUGUGUGUUUGGAUUCACAAUAAGAAGCAUUUUGGUUUCGUUGUGCACGAUUUUAAAAGGGUUAUUUUCU